CACUUUCUCAUUCUCCGUCUUCCAGCUGCGGCAGCGGCAGUACUUUGAGCAAGAGGAUGCCACCCAUGUCCAAAAUCACCAUCCCAACCACCACCAGAGGGGUUCGCCGGAGACCAUGGGGGAAAUACACGGCGGAGAUUCGAGAUCCCGCCAAAAAGGGGGGUCAGGGUCUGGCUGGGGACGUUCGAUUCCGCCGUCGAGGCUGCCAAGGGGUACGACAGCGCCGCCUUCCGCCUCCGCGGCAGCAGGGCGAUCCUCCAUUUCCCGCUCGACGCCGGCAGGAAUUCGGACUCUCCGGCAGUUUCAAUUCCCCCCCCCCCCCCGAUUCGGGGGAAUUGAGCGGUUGUUUUGGCGGGAUUAGGAAGAGGAAGAUUGGGGAAAUCGAGGGCGGUGGUGAGGGGAGUUUGAAGGCGGUGAAGGCGGAGAACCAGUCGUCGCCGCCGGUGGCGCAGGGUUUGGGGGAACCGGUGCCGUUGACGCUGUCGAGCUGGAAGGAGAUCUGGGACGGGGAAGUCAAGGGGAUAUUCAGCGUCCCGCCAUUGUCGCCGUUAUCGAAGUGAUUCUGACGGCGAUAAUGGAGAUGGUGGACAGAUGGGGAAGACGAAGUAGAUGAGAGGGAGAGAGAUUUUUGUUUUGACUUUGGGAAGCUUCAAAAGAAGAGAGAAAAUCCCAUGGUGGAAGCUUCAUCUUUUUCCUUGCUUGCUUUGGUCCGCCAUUAAUGGUGGAUCUGCUCGAGUUCUUGCAGAGGCACAUUGGAAGGAGAGAAUUUGUUUUGGCUAUUUUUAUUUAAAGAAAUUACAGUUUUAUUU